AUGAAGUUUGCCCAACGUGAAAAUUCACAGGCUUCGACCCUGGCUGGGCCACCCCAGCCAGGUUCUCGCAGCCAGCUACCCAUGUUAGAGAAGCCAGAGACUCUGCGCAAUAACUUGCUUUGCGUAUCGGGCGAGUUUGUCGGGACGUUCCUCUUCCUAUUCUUCUCAUUUGCGGGCACCCAGGUUUCGAACACUCCCAUGCCAAAAGAGGGUUCUUAUCCUAAUACCUCGAAUCUGCUGUAUUCGGCGUUGUGCUUUGGAUUUGCUCUGACGGUCAACGUGUGGGCCUUUUUCCGUAUCACCGGUGGUCUUUUCAAUCCUGCUGUUACCCUCGCUCUUUGCGUUACUGGUGGAAUGCCUGCCCUUCGCGGCCUGCUUGUUUUCCCCGCUCAGCUGGUUGCCGGUAUCGCUGCUGCUGGUGUGGUGAGCUGUCUGUUCCCAGGCCCACUCAACUGUGCGACUCGGCUGGGUGGCGGUGCAUCUAUCUCCCAGGGCUUGUUCAUUGAGAUGUUCCUCACUGCCCAGUUGGUUCUUGUCAUCAUCAUGUUGGCUGUUGUCAAGCACAAAUCCACCUUCCUGGCGCCUGUGGGUAUCGGUCUUGCUUUCUUCGUUUGCGAGCUUGUCGGUGACUACUACACUGGUGGUUCCUUAAACCCUGCUCGGUCGCUGGGCCCCGAUGUGAUCAACCGCAACUUCCCCGGGUACCACUGGAUCUACUGGGUAGGACCUUUACUCGGUUCCCUCCUCGCCUCUGCUUUUUUCUGGGGGUUGCGUCUGGUUCGCUGGGAAAAGAUAAACCCUGGUCAAGACUUUAACGAGUGGGAAUCCCGCGCUCAGAAAAAUCUCGAGGCUGGCUCGGACCACACUAUUGCAGCCGGCGAUCAGGUCCAUGGCUUCUACCCCAGUAGCCGUACCAAUGGAAAUCCAGCAUCACAGCGAAGUCCCUCAGCAGACCCAGGCCUUGCUGAGAUGGACAAUGCUGGUAAUGCUGCGCCGGAUUCCAAUGAACAAGCUAAUGCGCCUGUCGGAGUAUCUGAUGAAGAACAUGUUUAG